UCCAGGUCCAGGUAGCGGGGCGAGAGAGAAUGUGCACUUAACACGCGCGAGUCCUUCCCGAGUGACAAGCGAUGGUGACCAACAUCGGUGGCAGUGGCAGCGGUAGUAGCGGCGGUAGUGACAGCCGAAGUGAAAUCAACAACCAGCGACACCGGCCAAGAUUCCCAACAACGAACAUGCACGCGUGGCUCUAUGUCCUCGCGGUGCUGGCGAUAUCACGGGGUGUAGCGCCGGUCGCCGGCACCGACGACGACGGCGGAGGCAGCAGCGGUGGCGCCUUGUCGCGCUCCCUGGCAGCCAGCAUCCCGGAACAGCAGCAAAGUGAAGUGCGGCAACCGCCGAGUGUGAACGUUCAAAGUGAGCUCCGUCCUCCGUCCGCGGACGAGGACGACCUGAGCGAGUACGAAGAGUUUGUGGCCGGCGGGCGCGUAGUGACGGAAGUGCCGGAAAUCGCCCGCGGAGAAUCGCCGGCGGAGGCGACGAAUGACAUUGGCCGUGGUGAUGAGGACGAUGCCGGCCACAGUAGUGAUAGUUCCAGCAAGCCUGAUCCUAAAACACUAGUCGAGGUAGAGAAGACUCUCCUGAGCCUGUUGGGCUUUCCUAAUCGACCAAAAAUCGAUAGAUCUAAGGUGGUGAUACCGGAGGCGAUGAAGCAGCUGUACGCCCAGAUUAUGGGCCACGAGCUGGUGGACUCGGUCAGCAUACCGCGCGAGGGACUCAACACGCACAACGCCAACACGGUGCGGAGCUUCACACACGAAGAAAGCCACGUUGACGAGCGGUUCCGGCACCACCAUCGCUUCCGGUUACUGUUCAACCUGUCCAGCAUACCGCGGCACGAGAAACUGCGCGGUGCGGAAGUAACGCUGACGCGGGCCGCCAUCGGAGGAGACCGGCGGCGGGGGCGCUCACCCGCCCGCUACCAGGUCCUGGUGUACGACAUCCUGCGGCCGGGCGUACGGGGCCGCCGUGAGCCGAAGUUCCUGCUGAUCGACUCGAAGACGCUCGCCGUCAACGAGUCCGGCACGGUCAGCUUCGACGUGCUGCCGGCGGUCCAGCGGUGGCUGGGGCAGCCACGCCAGAACCACGGCCUGUUCGUGCAGGUCACCCGCUGGACAGCGGCACCGACGGCCCCGGGUCAUAGCCGGCGGCGGCGUAGCCUUCAGCCGGUCGCGCCGGUCCACGAGCACGUGCGGCUCCGGAGGGCUGUGGAUGAACCGUACGGAAGCUGGUCCCAGAAGCAACCGCUGCUCCUGACGUACACCGACGAUGGGCGGCACAAGCAGCGGCCGAUCCGGGACGCGAUCAGCAGCGCCAACCGGGCUCGGCGGGCGUCGGCCAAGCGCAGCAAUCGGCGGAAAAACGAGCUCUGCCAGCGGAAGCCGCUGUACGUGGACUUCCGGGACGUCGGGUGGAACGACUGGAUCGUGGCGCCGCCCGGGUACGACGCGUACUUCUGCCAGGGCGACUGCCGGUUCCCGAUCGCGGACCACCUCAACACCACCAACCACGCGAUCGUGCAGACGCUCGUCAACUCGUACAACAUCGAGCAGGCGCCGAAGGCGUGCUGCGUGCCGACGCACCUGUCCUCCAUCUCGAUGCUGUACCUGGACGAGCAGAACAAGGUGGUGCUGAAGCAGUACCAGGACAUGACCGUCGUCGGCUGCGGCUGCCGAUGAUCCCGUUCCGUCCGUCCCGUCUGUGAGACGCUGGAGGGGAACUACUUAAGCAGGAGGAAGGCCCGUGACGGGGGACCGUUGGAAUCGGCAGGAACCGCGCCGACUGUUUGCUGUAUUAUUAAAGAUUUUCUUUUUGUUUGUUUGUUUGUUUUGUCGAUAAUGAUCAAACGUACUAAGAGAGAGAGAGAGUGAGAGAGAGAGAGCGAGCAAGAGAGCGAAAGAGAACGAGA